AUGACUAAAAAUAAUAAUAUUGAAUUAGUGCUAAAGCAACAGAAUAUGAUUGAUUCAUGUUCAGAAUGUCCAAUUAUCACUUAUGAGAUUGUGAAAAAAUUGGGUUUUGAAAAAGAUAAAAGUUUACCCAACAUUACCGAUAAAGUGGUAUCUGAUAUUGUUAAGCAAGUAUCAGUAUCCAACUAUAUGUUAGAUGAUGAUGAUACAUAUUCUGUGCGUGAGGAACCCAAUGAAUCACUUACAUGUAAAACAAAAAAGAGAAAGAAUCGUGAAAAUCAUAAUAUUAAGUAUGCACAUGACUCUUCAACGGGAAACAUGCUUGGCCAUCUUUGGUCUAAGCAUCGAAUCAAUAAAGACCACCUUGAAGAAACAACUACUGAUAGUCCGAUUAUAAAAGCCAUACAUGUCAUCAAUAAACGGAGACAAGAAAAAAUAGCACAACUGUUGGUCAAAUUUAUUAUUGACAAUUGCCAACCUCUUCAUAUUUUACUGAAAAAAAUGAUUGAUAAAGCUUACGAUUGGAGUCGUGAUCAAUUAUUUGGUAUGAUGAAUAUCAGUAGUGGAUUUAUACACAAGAGAAAUGUAGAUAUUCAAAAAUUUAUCAAACAAUUGAUGAUGUACCGACAAGAUAAAACUCUUCAUAUUUGGCCUGGAUUCGACUUAAAGAAAUCAGAACGAUGUGAUAGACUUGAUGGCAAAUAUUUGAAAUUAAUCACCCUAACUGAAAAUGAAUGGCAAUUGUUAGACGGUCUAAUCUCACUAUUAAAACCAUUUUAUGAAGCCACCAACAUAUUUUCUGAUUCAAGUUAUCUUUCGCUCAAUCUCAUUUAUCCAACAAUGAAAUUACUGAUUAAGGGCCAAAGCCAACCAAUCGAUAACGAAGGUCCUGACGAACUAGAUAUAGAAAACGAAUUUGAUAUAUUAUAUAAUGGUAAAAAUAGAAAAGAUACAAAUUUAUAUAAUGAUCCACGGUUUAAAGGUCAUCGGUUAAUAGAACCCCCAGUUACUACUGAAGAACUUUGUGAUUUAGUUAAGGCUGCAAGUUAUCUUUCUCUUCAAAAAUAUUGGAAAGUUUCUGAAGAAAUUGGUCUUAUAGCAUUAUUCUUGGACCUGCGAAUUAAAAAUUUGAAGUUUCUUAAUAAUGAAACUAUGAAAACAACCACGAUCAAUAGGGUGCGAAUUCUUUGUGAUAAAGGAAAUAAUCACCCACCUUUAGUUGGGCCUGAUAAGUCGUCUAGCAUGCUAACUUAUGAACCUACAACAAAUAAUGACUUGAUUGUGGCUUUAUACAAUAGUGAAGAGCCAGAUGAUGAAAUUCUUAAUGAAGGUGAAGUUGAUCAUUAUCUCCAUGAACCUGUUGAGAAAAUGGGCUGUAACCCAUUGGUAUGGUAG